AUGUCUACACCGGCUUUAGUUCUGGAGAACCAGCCAGUGUGUAAUAUCUGUUAUAAUAAACCAUCAGAUCCAGUAAAGAUACCAUGUCAACACCAGUUCUGCCGAUCAUGCAUCAAACAAUACGUCAUCAACUGCCCAGAAGCAGAUAAAUUCAAAGGAUUUGGUUGUCCAGUAUGUCAAGAGUUUGUACAGAAGCCUAUAAUGGCUGGAUCACGACCUAAAGAACAAUGGGCUGAAUAUCUACCAACUGUCAAUCUUUCUGAUAGAAAACCUGAUCUACUUUCAGGACAAAAUGAUGAUCUAAAAUGUGCAGCAUGUCGAGAAGCAGGACUACAGAAGAUGGCCACACUGUGGUGUCAGCAGUGUAAUGAUGCAUAUUGUCCAGAAUGUUCGGCGUCACACCGAAAUUUCCCGUCAACUAGAUCUCACGCCCAAGUACCCAUAGCUUACAUUUCACCAAGAGAUAGAAAGAGCAAUGAAUCCCAAACCUGUCCACAACACCGGGAUAGCAAGGUGGAAUUUUAUUGUGCUGCCUGCGACACGCUCAUCUGUCCAUCUUGUGCAUUUGUGAAUCACAGGAAAUGUGAAAAGGUGGCUACCAUUAGUGGUGCAAGCAAUGUUGCCAAAGGAGAAUUGUCAAACAAGAUCCAAAGAGUUCGCAAGCGGUCCACGGAAUGCCAAAGCAUGUUAUCUGACAGUAACACAAUGAUCAGAGAACUGCAGGUCAGUCGAGAACGAACAGAAGCCUCCAUCAAAGGAUUUUCUGAUCAACUGACACAAACAAUUGCCGAAAACAGAGAUAACAUGCUAUCCAACAUAUCCCAUUCUUUUAAUACCGAAGAAAGUCGGCUUCAAACAACAAAAGCUAAAUUACAGGACCAUAUCGUGGAACUGGAAGGAUGUGAACAGAGCAUUGAAAAUGUUCUGAAUUCUCCUUCCGAAGCGGAAUUACUUAGUAAACUGGGCAAGACUAAGAGACUUUACGAUGCAUCGCUGCAAAAAGUAAUCGAACCCGCUGAAAUUGUACCAAUCAAGGUAGAUUUCGAACCAAACACUUCGUUACUGGAUGUUCUGGAUUCCUCUCAGCUCGGUGAAACAAUAGUUGGCUCUGUAGAUAAAGAAAAACCGAGACUUGAAAAAGGUGCAGAAGAACAAGUGGAUCAGUUGAAGAGCAUCAAAAUCAAGGCUAAAGAAAGAAAAACUUCUAAGCAAAAAGUGAAAUUUAAAAAAUCGAAACGGUCAAAGCGACGAGGGUCUGGUUCGGAGGUACUUUCUUCCCACCAAGGAGCAUCGUCCUCAAGAAGUGAGAAGUUGAAAGCGCCAAAACAAGAGAGGGUAAGGGUCCUUCAGAAGCAUAAAACUAUAACUACAGAUAUACCUGGAGACAGUUUGAAAUCCUCGACCACAAGUAUUGUAGUAUUGUUUGUAAAUGGGGUAUUGACAAUCGUAGUGGCAGAUCAUAAUAACUAUGCUUUAAAAUCAUUCUAUACCAGUAUGAACAUUGAUAGACAAUCUAAAAUGUCUGUAGAUUCUAAGCCUUGUCACGUGGCAAAACUUGGAAACAAUACUGUCGUUGCUACCAUGAAGCGUUUGAAGAAGAUCGUAGUCGUAAAAGUGAGUCCAACGUUAACCAUGGUAGAUAGGAUCCGUACCAGUAAGCAUUAUAAUUGCAUUACAGCUCUGGCCGACGACCGCUUGGCUGUAAGUACUACUCUAGAAGCUGAAGUCUCUAUUGACAUCAUAGAUCUUGAAGGUCAGAUUCUACAUUCCAUUGUCCCAGAUCCAGAGGAGCAUCUUCUCUUCUCUGAACCUAAAUAUCUAACAGUCACGCCAUCUGGUACAUUAAUGAUGGCUGACAAAGAUGUUCCGUACAUCACCAACUUCACACAAGCUGGGAAACUUCUUUUCAAAACUGGUCCUAAACAAACUGCCGAUUUGGAAGGUAUGCAUGGAUUCUUCUGCAGCGAGGACGAAGAACUGUUCAUCCCCGACAAGAAAAACAACCGUAUCAUAAUACUGCAAGAGGAUGGUGAAGAAAUCACGACAUUUUUGACAGCUGAAGAUGGUAUUGAUCAGCCACAAGGGGUAUUUAUUGAUGACCUCUAUCAAAUUUACGUCUGUCAAGCUAACAGUAAAAUAACCAUAUUUAAAGAAGUUGAAAUAGCUGUAAAUUGA